UCAUCCAGCAUGACGGACCCUAUCCUGAACGACAUUUCACACAGACGCCUCAACCUUCUUCGCGGCACCUGGAUAUUAGUCUCGCCGCACCGCACCAAGAGACCAUGGCAGGGACUACAAGAGAAACCUUCCCAAACCACACUCCCCGAUUAUGAUGAAAAGUGUUAUCUAUGCCCCAGCAACACUCGGGCGAAUGGAUCUAUAAAUCCAAAGUUCACCCAGACAUUUGUCUUUGUAAAUGACUACAGCGCAGUCAAGGAAGAGCAGCAAGAAUAUCAUCCGGAAAGCAAAAGUGGUUCGCUAUCCUCCCGGCUUCUCCGUGCAGAGGGCGUCACAGGAAAAUGCUAUGUAAUAUGCUUCUCGCCUUCUCACCAUUUGACCCUCGCCGACAUGGCCCCGAUCGAAAUUCUUCCCAUCAUAGAAACCUGGACUCAUCUAUAUGUGGCCAACCUCGAUCCUCAAUCGGCUCUCUCCAAAGUUGCCAGUUCUCUGUCACUCCCGCCUCUCUCGCAAUCCGAUAUCGAGCCCCCGACUGCUCAGUAUCGGUACAUGCAAAUUUUCGAGAACAAAGGUACCACCAUGGGCUGCUCCAACCCCCAUCCGCAUGGUCAAAUAUGGACGACAACGUCCCUUCCGGAAGAACUCAGCACAGAACUGCAGCAACUUAGCAACUACCGAAAAGAGAACAACGGAUCGCACAUGUUGGUUGACUAUGCCCAAUUGGAGUCCAGCGAGAAGGAACGCACCGUGUUCGAGAAUGAUUCGUUCUGGGCCGGUGUGCCAUACUGGGCAGUAUGGCCAUUCGAGAUCAUGAUAGUCAGCAGACAGCACAAGCGGUCGCUUGUGGAUCUUAAUGAAAAGGAGAGAAAAGAGCUGGCUAAGGCCAUAGCUGAGAUUACACGACGAUACGACAAUCUUUUCGAAACCCAAUUCCCAUACAGCAUGGGUCUCCACCAAGCACCCUUGACAGGAACAGAGGAUGAGGUCGAGUCGAGUCACUUUCAUAUCCAUUUCUACCCACCCUUGCUACGCAGCGCUACGGUACGAAAGUUCCAGGUCGGAUACGAAAUGCUCGCCGAGCCACAGCGUGACAUAACUCCCGAACAAGCGGCCGAGAGACUGCGUAGUUGCGGGGGCACCUUGUACCGGAAGAAACUGGAAGGUGUCUCGACCGUGAACGGAGACCAGGGACAGAAAACCGAGGCGGGCAGCGUUCAGCAAGCCCAGUAA